AUGGAAAUUUACAUUGAACUGAGGGAUGAAGGUCAAUAUGUGCCUACUUCUAACAAUGAGACAAGUGAGAGUGGAGAUGAUAGUGAAAUGAGUGAUAAGACACAUAAUGAGGGUGGUGAUAAAAUUGUUGAUAAGGGUGAUAAGGUAUCUGAUAGGAGUGAUGAUGGAGAUAAUAGUGACUUUGGUAUUAGGUCUAAAAGUAGUGGUAGGAGUGAUGAUGCAGAUUUUGAUCACAAUGUGGACAAAUAUGUGGAUUUAGGAAGUGAACCAGAUUCUGAUAGUGGGGAAGAAGAUUUGGUUGAAGCUCCACUUGAUUUUCAAGAGUAUUGUUCAUAUAAUGAAACAAUUAGUCAGAUGGAAACUGCGUUUAAUCCUGUUAAUAUCUGUGAUCCUACCGUUUCCCUAGAAAUGUUCUCUGGUACUAGAGAAGAGUUUAAUAAAGGUGUGCAGUCACAUGCUACGAAGUCUAAAAAAAGUGUGAAGUUAAAAAACAAUGGUAACAUUAGGGUCCAUGUAGUAUGUGAUUCAAAGGGUUUGUUGUCUGAGGGGUAUUUGAGCAAGUCUCAGGCUGAUCCCAAAAGAAAAGUUACAACUCUAGAGGUACUUGAUGGAAAUCCAGACUCACAUUAUGAGAAGUUAUGGGACUAUGCCCAACAACUGAAGGAUACAAAUCCUGGUUCUACUGUGAUUCUAGAUGUUGAAGAGGAUGAUGGUGCUCCUAGAUUCUCCAAAUUUAAUGUCAAUAGUACGGGUUGGUGGGUGUCAUUAGACUGGACCCCACAGGGUGUUGAUCCUAACAACAACAUAUAUCCCUUAGCUUAUGUUUUGGUUAGUAGAGAAGCUAGGGAUACUUGA